CCCCUGUGCAUGUUCCGGUGAACAAGCACGUCUCCUCCUCCUCCUCCUCCCCUUCCUCCUCCUCCUCCUCCUCCUCUUCCUCCUCCCCAUCCUAUUUCUCGCACGUUCUUCAUUUCUCGCAGUCCCUCUCUUUCUAGUAUCCCUUUCCCGAUUUCCUUUCUCCUCCGCUUGUUCACCUCUUCCUUGCCUGGGGCCUGGGGACUCACAUAUUCUUCAUUUCUGUCCUUGGCAUCGCAGCUUUUGCGCCCUUCCCUCCCUCCCCUGCACACUCGAAACAUCAGGAGAGUCAACAAGAUCCUUGAUUGGCGCCAAGUGCGUUGCAUUUUCCUGUGUCCUGUUCUCAGGCGAGCCUUCAUGCAAUAGCCGGCCUGUUCGGGACUGCAGGAGCUACCUAGGAUUGAUUCGAAACACGUGCAUCUCUGAUCAAGAAUGUCAAAUGACAACCUAGAUGGUUAUCAACCAGACGAUGGUACUGUUGCUGAGCACGAUGACAAACCGGCAGAAAGCAAGGAAGGGAUGGAACCAGAGGGGUUUCACUCGGGGCUGGGGUUGAGAAAGACUCUACGGCACCACCUCGACAACGCGAUGAAGUUCUGGGAUCACAGCGUCCAUGACCUUGUGAACAAAUUGCAUCAGAACAAGGAGAUGAACGUUGCUCAGAAAGCGCACGCCGUCGACCUGGAGCCAGGGGAUGGGGUCAAGCAGGAUGCCAUGCCGGGCGAUUCUCCCGCCAGUGCAGAAUCAGGACAUGACAGCGCGCAUGGUGGUGAGACUGAUCCCUCCCCCGAAGUUCAUCUUGCCGGAGUUCCACAGAGGGAAGAGCACGCUGUUGACGAGGAGCUGGACCCUCCUCCAGUACCUCCCAGCAGCAACCCCUGGAGCCCGAUCUCCCGCCCCAUCUCCAUGGCUUUGGAUGCAGGCAAGCAGAUGGGGAGGCGGCUGGCAGACGUGUGGGAUGUGCAUGACAUCCUGGAUGAUCUCAAGGAGCAGAGAGACUACUGGAGGAGGAAGAGGGAGCAGAACAGGUUGAUGGAGGAGAUGUCCCUCAACACUGUCAUGGAGAAUCAGGGAGGCGCGAGUGAGAAGGACCAGGAGGCCCAGGGUGUGGACAACCAGGUCGACUUCUUCGACUUCCUCAUCAAGUUGGACCGAGACAUCACAGAGAGACCGCCUCCUGCUCAGGAAUCCUCAGGGGUGGAGAAGGAGGAGGCUCCAACGACCAGCUGCACGCCCGGCGAUGGGAAAGGAGGUUCACUCCAGGUCGAGAUCUAA